CCCUUAGGGUUCUCCUAUUUUAUUCAAAAUUUUGUCUCCGCCUUUUUUUUUGUUUGUCAGCAGGAUAUAUCUUUUGAUAUUUGGUUUCGAAUUCCAUUUUUGUUUGAAAGGAAAUGUUUUUUAAGUCAAAGAUUUUUCGUUUGUGAAUGAUCCACUGUUAGAAAUUGUUUGGCCUCAGCUUCAAAAUUCCUCGUUAAUUUGCAGCGGGGCGGACCAGCUGCUUUGGCAACGAACACACACCGCACGCACACACACAGGAUACGGAUUAUCGCAGAGAUCACCAGCAUUCCUAGUACCAAGCAUCGCAGCAGCCACGCUCCACGAUCCUCGACCCGUCGUUGCCAUCACCACACAACACGACAUGGCCACCAAAGACCAACCUGCCACACAACGCAACAGCUUGACCAGUGGCCAGCCGAUGCCGAGUGCCUCAACCACGAAUCACCGUCACCGGUACUAUAAUCCCGUCUCGAAGAUUCAGUCGCUUAUCCACAACCUGGACGCUGAGCUGGUGCAGCUAUGCAAGCAGUGUUCGGUGCCAAAGCCGCCGAGUAGCAGCAACGUUAACACCGGAAUCCACAGCAGCAGCUAUGGGGCCACCGUGGCCGCUGCAGGAUUGGGAUCAGGAGGCAACACGCCGCACAGGGGUUUGAUAAGCGGCCACUAUGACCAGGACAGCAUUAAUAAACUCCUGGCACGGGCACGGUCCAUAUCGACCCCAAGAUCGGCAUCUGGCGCUACCACGCCAAUAUCUCUGGCACCCGAUGCCCAGAAGCGUCAGCUGAGAAACGUGUACCGGACGCGGGUGAUCGAUGCCUAUCGCAACCGGAGGAUCUUCACGGUGUACGGCAACUACCAUACAGUGCGACGGGCACUGGUGAGGCGGGGCUGGCUGGAGAAGCUGCCGGCGUCGCGGUACGCCAAGCUGCAAACCAUGUCCGAGGAUUCCCUGCUGGAGCAUGCGCGGCGGGGCAACGACUACGAGACGGUGGUCAUAUCGAAGAUGAUCAAUCAUUUUCCUUCCUUCUUUAUUUGGCAGAGCAAGGGCCAGCGCGAUCUGUUCUCCGAGGUGCGGCCAUUCCGCAACCGGGUGAGGCGGAGCCAGUUCCUGGACUUCUCCACCAAGGUGGGUCUGGUCGGGUGCGCCGAGCAGGAGCGCUGGUAUCGCGAGGACGGCGUUUGCGGCAUGAGCUAUCCGCGCUUCUACCGCCUGGGCGGCAACAACGUGGAGGAACGCAUGGCCUUCAUCGAGGACUACCAGCAGACCCAGGCACGCUCCCUGCUGCGACACAUCAUGGAACACAAGCCCGAAGAGCUGAUAGACAUGGACAACGGCACCAUUAUGACCACCAACCUGGACUAUGCCCUGGCCAAGGUCAAGCAAAUGGUCAGACAGGCGGAGCACUACUCCCUGGACGAUGCGCGGAUCAAGCCGCCCACCCCAGCCGAAAUCGUGGAGAUCCAAACGUUUAUGACGCAGUCCGCAGAUGUCCUGAAGUCGCAGGCCAAGUUCCGGAUCAGCGAGAAGGUCAUGACGGAGUACGCCCGCCUGGCCACACAAUAUCUCGACCAGAUUGAGUCCCUGCGUCCCGACUAUUGCUGGGAUGGCAGUCGCAAUCUGUGGAUCCUGAAGCCGGGCUAUCAGUCGCGUGGCAUUGGCAUCGUCAUACGCAGCUGCCUGGACGACAUUCUCCAGUGGACAUCGAACAAUCAGAACAAAAAGUACAUUGUCCAGAAGUACAUAGAGCGUCCAUAUCUGGUGUAUCGGACAAAGUUCGACAUACGGCAGUACAUGCUGCUGACAAUCGGGGAAUCCAAGGUAACCGUCUGGACAUAUCGCGAUUGCUACCUGCGCUUUAGUUCGCAGGAGUUCACCAUGGACGAUCUGCGGGAAUCGAUCCAUCUGACCAACAAUUCCGUGCAGAAGCGCUACAAGAACAAGCAGAAUCGCGAUCCCCGUCUGCCGAAGCACAACAUGUGGUCGCUGGAUCAGUUCAAGGCCCAUCUACGGCAUGUGGGUGCUCCGGACGAUACGUGGUCAAAUAUCUACAAUGGCUUCAAGCAGAAUCUGGUGGCCGUGGUGAUGGCAAGCCUGGAUGAGACCGAACUGGUGAAGAACGCCUUCGAGCUGUAUGGCUGCGACUUCAUGCUGGACGAGCACUACAAUCCCAUCUUGAUAGAGAUCAACUCAACGCCGGAUCUGUCGCCCUCGACGGAGGUUACAGCCAAGAUUUGCCCCGUUGCCAUCAAGGAUUGCAUACGCGUGGUGGUGGAUCUGGCCAAGAAUCCCUUGGCACCCACGGGCCAGUUUGAGCGAGUCUUUGAGGUCAACUACAGCAUCAACAAUGGAGCCGAUGUACACCAUCCCCUGGAGCUCAACGGCAAGCAGAUGACCAUCUUCGAGAAUCUACCCCCCAAGCUUAAGAACAACAACCGGACACGUAUGCUCCGCAAGAUUCUGGACAAUGUGAAGAUCUCAGCGAGUCGCAAGCUCGACAAGAUUAAGGAGGCCCCAGCCAAAGUGGCCAAAGUAGCCAAGGCCACCGCUUCUACCAAGAAGAAGAAAUCAUCAAAGAGCGCUACUGGGUCAAAGGUGAGUUCGGGGGCACCCUCGGAACAGGUCUCUCAAACGCAACAUGUGGGACCCAAGAUGAUCUUGACCUCAAAAACUCGCGAAAAUCUGGCACUUCAGUACACAGCACCAAAGUGAAAAGUGGGAGGCAACUGCACCUGGGUAACUCUCAUGGCACAGAGAAUGAGUGUAAGGAAGGGGGGCUUAAAGGAACUGAAGGGGUCUGUGCGGGAAUCACUAUUCUGUUUUGAAAAUUAACUAGGAAGUAAAAAAACUUUGGACUGAAGUGAUAUUCACCAUUCUUAUGGAUAUGGACCCCAAGGAAACCCGAAAAUCUUAUAGUUUUUCUUUUAGUGGACAUCAACAGGGUAUAAAAAGGACUCCAAAUAAAUCCGUCGAUAGCAA